GGUAUGAAAGUGGCAUUCGCGCUUUUUUGGGUUGCCGUUGUCAUUCUGAAUCUCAUAUGCGUGCAUUCAUACCCGAUGACUCCAGCUGACGUGCUUGGUGAUCAUGAAGAUUCAGUGACAAAAUCAACAUUCAAAAUCAAACCAGUCACCAAAAGUAAAAAGCACUAAGAAAGCGGACAACGAAAGGUUGUGAUGGGCAAUCCCAUUUACAUGCAAUAAAUCUUCUUCACUUGGC